CCUGGGAAGGGAAGUUUUGAGGGGGUGACGUGGGGGAGAAGGAGGAGGUGCCCACGCAUCUGGAGCUGACUCGCUCUUUCGCAAAAUGACUGGGAGGAGCCCCCGGGGCCACAAAACCGCCUCCUUCCCCGGGGCCAGCCAGAGAAGAGAGGUUCAGGCUGGCCGCGGACCGGAGCCGCCCCGCCAGACAUGGGCCGCCCGCUGCCACUGCCGCUGCUGCUGCUCCUGGCUCACAUCUGCAUCCCAGCCUCGUGGGGCCUGCGGUGCAUGCUGUGUGAGAGGAGCGGGCACUGCCAGGAGGGCGAAUGUCCCCCCGGCCAGGACCUCUGCAGGACCACGAUCCUACGCAUAUGGGAAGGGGGUGAAGAGCUGGAAGUGGUGGAGAGAGGAUGCGCCCACCGAGAGAAGGACAACAGGACCAUGACAUACCGGACAGGGGUGCAGAUCAUCACCCUUAUAGAGGCAGUGUGUGGGUCAGACUUGUGCAACCAGCCCAAACCUGUAUGGGUUUCCACCUUUCCCCGAAGCCGCUACCUUGAAUGCAUUUCCUGUGCCUCGUCAGACUUGAGCUGUGAGAGGGGCAUGGACCGGAGCCUGCAGUGCCGCAACCCUGCAGAACAGUGUCUGGAGGUGGUGACCCACCAGAGCCAGGAAGGGAGUUCAGGGGAUGAGCGCUACUCCCGCGGCUGUGGCUACAUUUCCGGCUGCCCGGGCCCCACUGGCUUCCAUAAUGACCAGACCUUCCACUUCCUGCAGUGCUGCAACACCACCAAAUGUAACGGGGGGCCAGUCCUGGAGCUUCAAAAACUGCCACUGAACGGCUUGCAGUGUUACAGCUGUGAGGGCAACAGCACCCAUGGAUGUUCUCGGGAAGAGACUUCCCUCAUCUCCUGCCACGGCCCCAUGAACCAAUGUCUGAAAGCCACAGGCUCUAAAGGGCUGGGGACUCCGAACUACACAGUGAGAGGCUGUGCAACCCCCUCAUGGUGCCAAAGCCUCCACGUGGCUGAUGGCUUCAGCCUGAUCCACCCCAAUGUCUCCUGCUGUACCGGAAAUGGCUGUAACCACCCAAUUCGGGACAUCCAGCCCCGCAGGGGGACCGCGCCCCGUCCUGGCCCUGCCCAACUCAGUUUCACCUUCACCCUGCUGAUGACUGCAAGACUGUGGGGGGGCACCCUCCUCUGGACCUGAACCCAGAAGCCCCCCUGCCCUGGCUGGAUCCAGGGGACCCCUUACCCCAGGACCACCCUUCCCUCAGCUCCCAGCCCAGUGGACUUGCUGUGUGACCUCAGGCCAGUGUGCUUUCCUCUCUGAGCCUCAGCUUUCCCAGCUGUGAAAACACCUACCUCACAGAGUUGUGAGAACCUGAGGCGAAAAGCUGGAGAAAGGCUGCGGGCCGGCAGAAGAGCUCUUGUUAUUAUUCUAAUUAUUAUUUUUAUUAUUUAAUAUUUUAUACUUAAGAAAUAAAAAUUUUUGUACCAGUGA